AUGGCCGCUGCCUCCGACAUCGUCCAAAAGCUCGCUGCUCUCUCUAUCAAGCCAGCGUCUACCGUUAGCCAUGCCGAGUCCAGCUCCCCGGCAACCUGGAAAGAGGCUGUGAUCGCCUCAGGAUCAGCACCAGCAUCCUUCGAACUCAUCAAAACCCUAGUGUAUAAGCCAAAGACCGCGAAGAGCGCCACCCCCGUUCCAGUCGUCGUCAUUGCCCGUGAAGAGACCGAAACUAACUCGGGUGCCAUUGGCAAGAAGCUCAGCUUGAAGGAACUGCGUCUGGCCUCGGAGGAUCUGCUCACAGAAUUUUUUUCACUGGACAAAAACUCACUGUCUCCCCUCUCUAUCACCGAGUCAACUUUUUCAAAGGUUGUCACCGUUCUGGACACAUCGAUCGCGACUUCUUCUUCCACAUUUGCUAUCCACGCCAACUCUUCCAGUCAAACUCUUUUCCUUGCCGGAAAAGACAUCGUGUCAUAUCUCAAGAGUCUCGAGACCGAUGACAAGAAAGUCCAAGAGAUCGAUUUCCAGGAAUUGGCUGCGUCGAACGCUGCUGCUACCCCUGCCCCCGCUGCUGCUGCUCCGGCUGCCCCAGCUCAGGCCGCGUCGGCUCAGAUCCCUGGUGCUGUUCAAAUCGCCAUCGGUGUAAAGAAAGAGGUCGACUUCCCUACAUGGUACACAAAUGUUCUGCUCAAGGCCGACAUGUUGGACUACUACAGCGUCAGUGGAUGCUACAUCUUGAAGCCCUGGUCGUACAGCAUCUGGGAGGAGAUCCAAUCUUGGUUCAACUCUGAAAUCAAGGAACUCGGCGUCCAAAACUCCUACUUCCCUAUGUUCGUGUCUGCCUCUGUCCUGGAACGUGAGAAGGACCACAUUGAAGGAUUCUCCCCUGAGGUUGCUUGGGUAACAAAAGCUGGUAGCUCCGAUCUUGAAGAGCCCAUCGCCAUCCGUCCCACUUCAGAAACUGCUAUGUAUCCAUACUACUCUAAAUGGAUUCGUAGCCAUCGUGAUCUCCCCCUGAAGCUGAACCAAUGGAACAGUGUCGUGCGGUGGGAGUUCAAGAACCCUCAACCAUUCCUGCGUACCCGCGAGUUCCUCUGGCAGGAAGGACACACCGCGCAUCUCACCAAAGCCGAAGCCGAUAUUGAAGUGCGUCAGAUCCUCGACCUCUACAGACAGGUCUACGAGGACCUUCUCGCGGUCCCCGUAAUUCCAGGUGUCAAAUCCGAGAAGGAGAAGUUUGCGGGAGGACUGUAUACCACCACCAUUGAGGGUUUCAUCCCUACAUCCGGACGCGGGAUCCAAGCCGCGACCUCGCAUUGCCUGGGCCAAAACUUCUCGCGCCCGGAGAUGUUCAACAUCUUCGUCGAAGACCCCAACGACGGCUCCAAGUCGUACGUGUGGCAGAACUCAUGGGGAUUGUCGACCCGUGCGAUUGGUGUAAUGGUCAUGGUACACGGCGACAACCAGGGAUUGGUGCUCCCCCCACGCGUGGCCAGCAUCCAGGUCGUUGUUGUCCCUUGCGGUAUCACCGCGAAGACAACUGACGAGCAAAGGGCUAACAUCAACACUUCGUGCGAGGAUCUGGCGAAGAGACUGAAGAAGGCGGGUAUCCGCGCCAAGGCUGACUUGCGCGAUGGAUACACUCCUGGCUACAAGUUCAACGACUGGGAGCAGAAGGGUGUUCCCCUUCGCCUCGAAAUCGGCCCCAACGAUCUCGCCAAGCAGCAGACGCUCACCGUCCGCCGCGACACCGGCGCCAAAAACCCCAUCCCCUUGGCCGACCUCGAAAACUCUGUUUCUGCCAUUCUCAAGACUAUCCAACAGGAUAUGUUCACUAAAGCCAAGGAGACCUACGACUCCCAUGUCAUCGAGGUCACCAAGUGGGAGGACUUUGUUCCCGCUUUGGAUGGCAAGAACAUUGUCGUCAUUCCCUGGUGUAAUGAGGAGGCCUGUGAAGACGAUAUCAAGGAACGUAGUGGCCGAGCUUCGGAACCCCAGGAUGAGCGUGCGCCCUCCGCUGGUGCCAAAUCCCUGUGCAUCCCCUUCGACCAGUCAAAAUGGGCACCCAUUGAACCUGGAAAGACAAAGUGCACAGCGUGCGGUAAGGACGCCAAGCACUGGACGCUGUUCGGACGCUCGUACUAG